CGCCAUAACUGCUGCAUAUUCACUAUUUCCAUUCUGAUCGUCGUCUCGACGGAUGAAUCUUGCUGGCACAGCUCCCUCUAUUGAGCAUGAUAGACUGAUAUAUUCCUUCCUUUAAGAUUCUGACUGUUAAUCCGUUAAAUCGCAUCCAACACAGGCUUCUUUUCACAAAUCUGAAUCUGAAUCUCCUAAUAUCUUGAUGGAUCUUUGGUUCGAUGAUCUCGUAGAUCUGGCUGGAUCCUCGUUCGAUGAUUUAAUCGUUUGUGGAUCAAGUGAGCACGACGGCGAAGCAUACGCACUCGAUCUGCAUCGGCCGUAGUAGCAGGGAAUCGUAGAUAGAGGUCUGAAAGGUUGAGGAUUCACCGUAGUAAAUUGGACUCUUUGGUGGAUGCAUCUAAAGUUCAGGGUUUCCAUGCUGAAGGAAUCGUAGCUGAAGACUUUUAGCUAGAAAUGCGUCAAGUACAGGUUAAUCUUGAAGCGAAUGUAGAGAGAAAUCAUGCAAGACUGGUGUUGGUGAAACUUCCAAAUGUACUGAAAAAACUAUACAUUUGAAAGAUGAUCAUUACAAACUCCUCCAGGUUCAUUAGUAGAAAUGAUCUAUGGAAGGCGUGCAAGGGACUACCAGGUUGGAUGAGGUAGGUGGAGGCGGGGAUGGCCGGUUAUGCUAUCAAUUGUAUUGGGAUGUUUAUUUAAGAAUAUCAUUAUUUCAGUUUCGUUCACAGGUUUGCGCACACACUGAGUAGAAAGGAAAAGAGUCCGGCUUUUGCUGGCUGGACUGCACAAUAGAAAUGCAGUCUGGACAAUGAAAAUUAUCAAUCUGCCUUUAAUGAAUCAUCCUAUGGAAGAGAUUCAUUAAGGGUGUAUCAGUAUUUGUCAUGUAUUUUUGCAGACCUGAAUUGGGCUAGUUAUGUCGGUUAGGAGGAAGGAGAUGUUCACGUUAUGGGCUUAAUUUGAUUGUAAACUUGUUCAUGUGUUCUGUAUUCCUGAUCUGUAGUUCCCUUGAUUGGGCUUAAAGGGCCCAUAAGUUAGCAAGUUGAUCGAAGGGGAAAUGAGAUCAAUAAACAUUAAAAUAUGUGGGCUGCACUUGCACCUGUCACAAUAAGAUUCUUUACUAGCACAGAAUUACAAGGAAAUUAGAGACCACACUAACUUCCCAACUAUAAAACUUAGUUCAAAAGUACUAAACUUGAUGUCAGAGAAAAGAAUGGAAUUAUAAAUGGGUCAAGCCGCAGAAAGGUCAAUCAAAAAAGGGUUAGAAGGUCGAUGUAUUUGUAAGUCGGUGCCAAUAUAUGCAAUUCUAGAUGCAAUUGGUUUUUGUAAAUCUUUCUUUAUCUAUGUAUUAAUAACUGGGGAUACUAAAUAAAAACCAAAAUGAUUUCGAAGGAGAGAGACAGAAUGCUUUAGAAAUUCGCAUGUCUAGUGGUUUCAAUGGAGCAAAAGACACUACAGGAAUCAACACCAGUUCUCUAAACCCCAAUCAUUUCAAAUUGCAAGUUUAAUGAGAGGUAAAAAAACAUAUAAUAUUAACAGUGUCAAGCUACAUCCUGAAGGACCUAAAGAGAAAAUGGUUGUAAUUCAGCAUUACUACAAGAAAGUAUGUACCAUAUCAAUAAGCCUCCAGAUCCACUCUAACACUACCAAACUUGUAGGAGCAAUAGGUGAUUACUAAUAUUACUGUUGGCUAUAGUCACUAUGAGUCCCCAAUCACCAUUGCCACAUGCUAUUGUUUAGAGGCAUUUAAAAAAAUUUAAAGGGAAUGAGAAAGGGGAAGACCUAGCUCUUAUGAUAGUGGUGAUGGGGAUUUGAAAGGAGAAAACAAAUUCAAGUGAUACUACUUUCUUUUUACUUUUAAACUAGAAAAUAACUGAUACCAUUUUAC